AUGCCACAUAUCAUAUCUCAAACACCUAGAAUGCCUCAGAGCAGGUGUCCUGCAGGUGUGCCUGUAGAUGGGAAUACUUCUCCAGGUGUCAUUCGAGUGAUUGUGAAGACACCAGGCAACCAGAACACCUUUACAGUGGCUAAUGACACCUCAGUGAAACAAUUCAAGGAGACGCUCUCUGCUCACUUCAAAUGCCAAAUCGACCAACUGGUACUGGUGUUUAUGGGCCGCCUUCUCAAAGACCAUGACACACUGAACCAGAGAGGCAUCAUAGAUGGCCAUACCAUCCACUUGGUCAUCAAGUCCAAGCAUGGCUCCAGAUCCCUGGCUCACCUUUUCCGGAACCGGUUAGCUAACAAUCCUUGCCAUCAAGACAGAAGCAACAAAGGAAAUAGCAGUAGGGUGUCCCAAUCUGAAGGCAUGAGUCAAGCCAAAAUGGAAUCAUCCCUCCUCAUGGAGUCUGAUGCACCCAAGGUGGGUACUCGAGAAGCAGAAAUGGAAAGUCCAGAGCAUAUUGCACAAAUGCUGGAGAAUCUUUGUGUCCAGAGGCUGUUGUCCAAUAUGGGGCAGCUGAUCUCAGAAUACCCAAAUAUCCCAGAACUGAUACAGCAGAACCCAGGAGUCUCCCUUCUCCUUGACAAUUCUGAGAUCCUAUGCCAGACUCUGGAGUUGGCCAGGAACCUUGCCAUCAUCCAAGAGAUACUACAGCUCCAGCAGCCAGCACAGAACCUUGAGCAUCCAUUGAACCCACAGCCAUACCUAGACUUAGAGACAGUUCCAAAUGGGACCGAUGCCCUGGGCCAGAGCUAUGAUGAUUGCAAUGACCAAAUGCUCAAUGGCAUGCAUGAUCUUUUGGGGGACAACUCUCUUACAUCUGUUCUGGCUGGACAAGUCCUAGAACAAGUCCAGACUCCUUCCCUACCUCCACUGUCUGAGGAACAAUGGGACCAGCUCCCUACUGCCCAAGUCAUUUAUGUUAAUUCCUGUGGAUUACCAUCAAUCAUCCCAGAAAGUGCUACUCCAAGCAAUCUCAACCAUGCUUCCAGGGAAAAUGCAGCCACGGUAGCCACAAAGGGCCAAAGUCAUGUCUGUGCUGUUCAGCAGCCAGCUGGGAUUCCAGCCUUACCCAGCAUAGCAGUCACCCAGGGGCUUCAGGAGGAUGACAAGGGUACCACUACCUCUCCAGGUACCUCUGACCAGUGUUUAGAGGAAGCUCUCCAGUGGUCAGAUGAGCAGACCAGCUCUCAGAUUACAGGAGGCGUGGUCGAGUUGCUUAGGAACCACCCACACAUGGUGGCACAGAUGCUGCUGCUCCUGAGUACAUCCCAGCUGAGUGAGCAGUUCAGGCAGCAAUGUCCCAUGUCCUUGCAGUCAUCACAGCUUUCUGACUUGCUGUCAGCUGUAGCGAACCCUAAAACAUCACAAGCAAUAUUACAAAUUGAGCAUGGUCUGCAGCUCUUGGCUUCAGAAGCUCCUGCUCUUUUGCCCUGCAUUGAACCUUACUUGUGGUGUCUAGGUUGUCUUCCUCCUUCCAGCUGUAGCUACCCUGAUUCAGCGCCCUCAACCUGGAAUCUUCCAGACACAGAUGAGCCUCAGUGCCCUGAAUGCUGUCACAAAUCUGGAACAGUCCUUCAGAGAUUACAGCCCCUGUCUGGAGACUCUUCCCAUUCCUCACAAGUCCCUGAGGUUUGUUUCUGUAAACAGAUGGAAUGUCUCCAGGCCAUGGGAUUUGUGAAUUAUAAUGCCAAUCUGCAAGCUCUAAUUUCUACUGAUGGUGACACGAAUGCUGCUGUUCUCAAACUCCAGAGACCUCAGGGACUCUAACCAUUAUGUCUCCCUAUCUACUUUUUACCUGCAUGCUGACCCAUUUGACCAUUGGCCUUUCCUAAUUUUCCUGAUGCUUCCAACCUGGAGAAGUCCUGGAACAGGAGAAACCAAUCAAUUCUUGCUCAACUGAAUACUAGAUCAUUGGUCAUGGCUGGAAGAUCUGUCAAUAAAAUGGCUACACCUA